AGUCGCACAACGCAGCUCAGAGCUCGAUAUCAUCACUGUUGCAGGUUCAGCAUGGCCGACUUUGAUAUGAUCACGUAUGAAGAUGAUGAAGAAAAUGGCGUUUAUCCCGAUGAUGCAGCAUUAAAUAUGGUACCCGAUCCAAUUUUCAUAAGAGGAACAGGGCACAUAACUAUAUUUGGGUUGAGCAAUAAAUUUGAGACAGAGUUUCCACAAGAGCUUGCAGCAAAGGUUGCUCCAGAAGAGUAUAAGUGCACUAUCACAAAAAUGAACAGUAUACUACAUAAAACAAUGCCUAUGAACUUGAAAUGGUUAAUAUGUGGAUGUUUAUGCUGUUGUUGUACAUUAGGAUGUUCCGUUUGGCCUGUUCUGUGGUUAACAAAAAGAACGCGGCACAUGAUUGAGAAGUCACUAGAUUGGGAAAACAGCAGAUUGUACUAUAAACUUGGUCUUCAUUGGUCGUUAUGUAAAGAGCAAUGUGAAUCAAGUAAUAUGAAAGAAUAUGUACUUAAGAUAGAAUUUGUUCCAAGGCUGAAUAUACUCAAACCAGACUGACACAAUGGAGAGAAUGAACCGAUUUGAAAGUAAUCUUUAUUUAAUUGCCCUUGAAAGUAGCUGACACUAAAGAUAUCACUAUGAAAUUAUGUACAGUAAAUAAUAUGUAUAUAUGAAAUACAGGUACAUAGAUCAUAUGAAAUCCACAUGUGUAAAUAUGUCAGUAUUAUUUGCCAAAUAUGUUUCAUUUGGUUGUUUGUCUGUCCUUUUUUAGAAAAAUAAUUGUUGCUGCCAUAAAGUAAUUUGAUUUCAUGAUUCUAGUACAUUUAUUUGUCUGAUGCACAAUAGUCCUAAUGAUACAGUAUGCUUGCUAUCUAAUAACAUGCAUACUAUUGAAAUAGUUCAUGAUAUAAACUUAUCAUGUGAUUGAUCCUUAAUUUAGCAGUCAUUAUGUCUUUAUUAUUACCUGAAGAAGGUAUGUUUUAAUGUGUAUAUGUUUGCUCCUAUUCAAAAUUGAAUUUGGAUGAGAAGAUUGAUGAUAUCGGGGCCCUGGAACACAAAGCUUGGUGAUUGAUCAUAGGAAUGAUUUUUACACUUGAUUACAUUGACUAUUACAUGUAAUCAAGUAUAACAGUCAAUCGUACUGUCAGUUAAUGUGUUUUGUGUAACAGACCCCUGAAAGAUUGUGAGUGUGCAUCACAAAGUGAACCAUGCUCUACAAGUGUUUUAUUGAAAGUGGAUAGUAUACAUAUAUACCAGUGAAUAGUAAAUUCUAUUUUCCUCUAAACCAUAUGAUAUCCUUUUAUAUCGAAUACAUCCCAACAACAUGCAAGGUGUGUGAAUGAAAUACAUUUGUAUAAAAUAUUCAUGGACGUAGAUAUAUUUGUAUUUCUAUUGUGCAAAAUAUAAUCAUAUAUCAUUGAUACUAUAAUUGAAAGUCGUAUUUUUACCAGCAAAAGUAUAUGUACAUUACAUCAAAAUAUAGAUUGAUGGAAAUCCCUUUCAAAUGUAUUUUAUCAUUGACAGAUAUUGUACUAUCCCCUUGCAUAUUUGCUUGAAAUCGGUGUAGUUCUAAGUUUAUUACUUGUUUGAUAGAUUUAUUCUUUGGUGUAUGAAGCGCUUUGUUACCGCUAAGAAAGGAUGUAAUAUAAAAUAUCUCUGUGAUUAAUUGCAUUGGUUUGGGAGAAUGUUAUACAUUUUUUUUUUCAACUUCACCCAAAAAUGCUUAAAAUUGGUUGAUAAAUGUGAUAUUAUUUCCGUCCCGAGCGUGUGUGAUAUAUACUUUUCUCUCUGGAAAAAAAAUCUAGAGACCAAUCUACCUAAACUUCAUAUUUGGACCCUUACCCAAAUAAAAAAAAAUCUUUCUUCUACUUGUACACGAAAAAUAGUAUGCUCUGAAAUAUUUUUUCAGGUCAAUAGUAAAUUUACAAUAGUUGAUUUCAAAUAUCUGGCCUCCAUUUCAUUAACAAACAAAUGGUGAGAAGUUUACAGCAAAUUUAUUGACAACCAAUCAAAUUUCACCUUUUCAGAAGCUUAUAACAGUUUCAUCCUAUUGAUGUCCUCAAAUCACAUGGAUACAAUAUUUUAUGUGAAAAGCCAGAGUUGGCAUUUGACUCCUUUACAUUGAAAAAACUCAGACCCAAAUCAACUUUAUUAAGUUUGCUUCUUUUCCUCUUCCAUUAGACUUGCAAACUGUUGUAAUUCUGCAUUAUAUAACCUUGAUUGUGAUUGGCUGCUGAGCCUUGUUACCACGGUAAUUAAAUAAUGGCAAAGUUCCAACAGUUACAAGUUUCUAUGAAAUGUCACCUGUUUCCUUUGUCACAUGAGAUGAGAUGUCUAUUGUUCUUUCUCUUCCACUUUGCUUCCUUACUUAUAUUGUGGUAAAGUCCAAGUUUACAGUUUCAUUGUAAAAUUUCACUCAAAGUAGUGUAUCCCCUCAUAUCUCUACCUCUAUGAGAUAAACAUAAAGACUAACUGAAAAACAGUAUACAUGUACAUGCAGAAAUAAUACAUGAACACUCUUAAAGAUAAAUUCCAGUAGUUGCAGUUAACACUGA